AUGGAUGGGAAAAAAUCAAGAAACGCUCCUCCUAUGGGUCAUCAGGCUAACUAUAGAGAUUUCAACGAUCCUGCGUUCUCUCACCCACGACAGAAGCGGAAAUCAACAAAACUAGGUUUUAAAAUUUAUCCCACGAAAGAAAGAAAUCUUCAUGUAAUGGUCCUGUUCGCAGGAGAGAGACUGUGCUUUUAUGGGGCUUCGAUGGUUCAGUGUAUAGCCGGAGAAUGUAAUAUCGACGGUUAUGAUAUGAAAAGCUCCUCUUUUGACGUAGAUAAAAUGACAUUAGUUUGCUGUCCUCAUCGAGUUGGAAAACCAUUAAUAUUUGAAGCUCUUACUAAUAAUGAAAUCUCUGUUAACUACAAACAUAACAGAUUAAAGUAUAGACUGAAAGAGAUAACAGUGCUUUAUGAAAAUAUCAUGAAGGAUAUUGGGUCGAAACAACCUUCGGUGCUUGUUUUAAGUAGCAAGUUACCUGCAGCUGUUGAAUGUAUUCAUAAUCUUAACGAAACUUUACUACUACCGUUUGUUGCCCGUCAAUUCUCCGAACUAGAAUACGGAUGGUUUUUCGAAGACUCUUCCUGGAAGUUGUAUGCCGAUGAAUGUGCGAAAGAGAUAGCAAGAAGUAUCGAACAUCUUAACAAUAAGAGAUUAGAAGGAAAGAGAUGUUCUGUUAUCGCAUGUGCUGAAAAAGGUGCUGGAAAAUCUACAUUCCUUCGGCACUUUGCGAACCGCAACUUGAAACCAGAAUUUCCUCCUGUCUAUUACUUGGACUCAGAUGUUGGGCAGACAGAGUGUAACCCUAGUGGAUGUCUUUCUCUAUACAAAUUAACAGAGCCGUUAUUAAGCGUUCCUUGGGCGCAUCAGAAACCUUCCUUUUCUAAUUGCCUAUUUUUAGGAAAUCUUAGUCCUGCCGAGGACAUUGAAAAGUAUUUGAACGCUUUCGAGAUUCUACUCAAUGAGUUUUCAUCAAAAUCAGAGCCUGGCUCUCUCCUCAUAAUAAACACCAUGGGUUGGAUCAAAGGGAAAGGUGAGGAAAUUUUAAAUCAUAUCCUCGAGCGAGCAAGACCUGAUCUGGCCGUAUUAUUGCCCAGUAAUUCCGGAUUUUUCAAAGUUCCAUCCUUUGUUCCGAAAGUAAUAACAGUUCGGCCUAUACACGUACCAAACAGCUACGUAGCAGAAGUCAUAAGAAAUCAGCAUCGGUAUGAGAGGGCCAUGAAAGGACGUGAGCUUCGAGAAUUAAGCAUGAUUGCAUACUUCGCCAGUCUCCUUCCCCGUUCUGUCCUAUCCUGCUUCAACGAAGUUCUACCUUAUAUAGUACCGUUCAGAGAUCUCAUUUUUGCCAUCCCAGAAGAUUUGUCAAAGUUCAAAGAUGAAGACUUUUUCGCCACCAUAAACGUUCAGAUCGUUGCGCUCUGUGCCCCUGUUAAUGAGGACAAACUGGUAACCAGGCAUCUUCUGGAGAGAGAGUACCUGCCAUCUAUAUACCUAGUCUCAUCUAACAGUCCUGCAAUGAGAUGUCUAGGAUUCGGCUUCGUUCGAGGUGUUGAUUUGAUAAACAGAAAGCUGUAUAUUUGCUCUCCAUUAUCUCCUGAAGAAAUGAAUAAAGUUACAGUAUUAGCCAGAGGGGAGGGCAUAACAGUUCCUCAUGAUUUCCUUUCUUCUCAGGUACAACUGAAAGUUCCUUAUCUUUCAAUGCGCUCGAGUGGUUCUGGAAAUAAUCUUGUGAAUGAUUUGUAUAAACCCUUACAACAAAGACAGGGAUAUAAACGCGCAUACUUCCCAUGUGUCGAGUAA